CAAAUACGCUAAGCACUUUUCAUUUCUGAACCAACAUUUUUGAAAAUCGUCAAAAGAAAAAUGAUGUAAAAUUGAAAACUUGAAGUGGGUAAAUGCGAAAAGAAUCAUCUACCUAGUCAAGAAGUUAUUUCAUUUUCUUUUCUAGGAAACCAGUAAUGGAAUACGGAAUUUUGACAAACAAGACACUAUAAAUUUGAUCUACAUUUCACCAGAAUUUCAAGUAAAAUCUCUUAAUCUCAAGUAAGCAAGCACAAAUUCAAAAUUCAAAUCAAUAACCCAAUGAAGCAAGACCAACACCAGAUUCGCUUUCAUCCUCAUCAUCACCAUCUUCCAAAACGUAUAAUCUUGGUCCGCCACGGCGAGUCGGAAGGAAACCUAGACACCGCCGCCUACACCACAACGCCGGACAACAAAAUUCAACUAACGCCGUUAGGUUUAGCCCAGGGAAGAACGGCGGGGAAUCACUUACGUGAUCUAAUAACCGAGUCGAAUACUAAGAACUCGCGGGUUUACUUCUACGUGUCGCCAUACCAGCGGACCCGAUCCACACUCAGAGAGAUCGGACGGUCGUUUGAGAGGGAGAAGAUUAUUGGGGUUAGAGAGGAGUGUCGGAUUAGAGAGCAGGAUUUUGGGAAUUUUCAGGUGACGGAGAGGAUGAAGGCGAUUAAAGAAACUAGGGAGAAGUUUGGGAGGUUUUUUUAUCGGUUUCCUGAAGGGGAGUCUGCUGCUGAUGUCUUCGAUCGUGUUUCGAGUUUUCUUGAAUCUCUUUGGAGAGACAUUGAUAUGAACAGGCUUCACAAGGACCCUUCAAGUGACCUAAAUCUUGUGAUCGUAUCACACGGGUUAACUUGCCGUGUAUUCCUCAUGAAGUGGUUCAAGUGGACGGUUGAACAAUUUGAGCAUUUAAAUAAUUUUGGGAACUGCGAGUUUCGAGUAAUGGAGUUAGGAGAAGGUGGAGAAUACAGCUUAGCGAUUCAUCAUACAGACGAAGAAAUGCAAGAAUGGGGAUUCUCGCCUGAAAUGAUUGCCGAUCAAAAAUGGCGAAUGGGUGCUAACAGGGGCGACUGGAAUGAAAGCUGUCCCUGGUACUUUGAUUCUUUUUUUGAUCAUCUAAACUCAGACUUGGAUAAAGAAACUGAUGACAAAGCAGAUGAUUCUUCAAGCAUAUGUGAAUACUCGACAUAGAUACUGUUUUAUAAAAUUCUUUUGAUUCAAAUCUGUAAUGAUUCCUCUGAUUCACUAAUUAAAUAUAAAGUUUUCGAA